GCCUAUCCUUGUACUAAUGACAAGGAAUGUGAAGUUGGGCGAUACUGUCACAGUCCUCAUCAAGCAACAUCUGCAUGCAUGGUGUGCCGGAGGAAGAAGAAGCGCUGCCACAGAGAUGGCAUGUGCUGCCCUGGGAACCGCUGCAACAAUGGUAUUUGCAUACCAGUAACUGAAAGCAUCCUUACACCCCACAUCCCUGCUCUAGAAGGGCCACGCAACAAGAAGAAUGGUCAUUAUACUAGCAAAGAUUUGGGAUGGCACAACCUAGGGAGGCCGCGCUCCAAGCUGUCACACAUAAAAGGACACGAAGGUGAUCCCUGCCUACGGUCAUCAGACUGCAUAGAGGGACAUUGCUGUGCUCGCCAUUUCUGGACCAAAAUUUGCAAGCCUGUGUUGCAUCAGGGGGAGGUGUGCACCAAACAGCGCAAGAAAGGGUCCCAUGGACUGGAGAUUUUCCAACGAUGUGACUGUGCCAAGGGGCUGUCAUGUAAAGUAUGGAAAGAUGCGACCUCCUCUUCUAAAUCAAGACUUCAUGUGUGCCAGAAAAUCUGAAUGAGGAUUGGGAAGACAGUAAUAAGUGAUUGUGGCUUUAUGUGUUUAAUGCAUUAUGGCAUGGUGGAAAAAGAGGACUGCAAAUGGAAGUGGAAUGGCUAAAGUAGAAUAACAGUAAAAGUCACAGCAAAUGCAUUUCUUUUCGAGCUGGUGGUAGACGCAAGUGUAGCUGGAUUUCAUCUCCUGUCCAGUUCUUCUGUAAAUAACUUCUACAGUUUGUGGGAAAUGCUAGUAUGCAAACAAGUAGAGUGGAAAUGAAUGUCACUUACCUUGCUGUAUUGUCCCGUGAUGUUUCAGGAGUUCAGUGUUAGGGCUAGAGUGGGUUUCCAGUGUGGUAAUGACUGCUAAAUGAAUUGUAUGCAUUGUACUCCAUAGGAAGCAGUGCAUGCCAGGAAGACUCAUCCGUCAACACAUGAUUAGGCACAUUGCAGGUGUAAGAAAUUGAAAUAAAGUUACUGUGAAUGUCCACAUGCCCUUGUCAUUCAGGACUGACACUUUAGCAGAGAAAGCACUCCUGCAGGACAAGAGUGCUAUGUUUUGCAUGCCCUUAUGAAGGAGGUAAAAACUUGCCAUCUCAAAAUUUCAAGAAAGUAGCAGUUUCUCUAAGAGGAGGCAUUUAAAUGGGGUUUUGUUUCCUAUACAUGGGUAAAUUGAAACUCUUUAUGUAGUUCAAUGUCAUAGUAUGACAUUUAAUCACUUCUAUUUGCCUCAGUUUACUGCUAAUACACGUUGGGUUGAACAGAUGAAGAUAAUAUGUGUGCAUGCUGAAUCCAGAAUUAUAUAUAGGCAUUUCCUCAUUAGUCCUAAAUAUACUUUCCUUGCCUAAGCAUUCUUGCAUUAUAGACAUUUCCAAAGGAAAUAGCAGAGUGUUGAAGUGCCUAACACGAAGAGCUAUGAAGUUCCUUCUUGUUGCUGUUAUAAUAGAUGAUAGAGACAUUUGUUGAGGUGUUCAGAGCAUACUGCUACAAACUCAAAUUUUUACAUUUUAUUAGUAGCAACAGGCUACUGAUGGCACUCUGCAGCAGUAUAAUGGAUUUGUUC